UGAAUGCGUGACAACUCAACGAUGCGUGACAACUCAAUCUCUGAUAAAACCUAUAUAAGUUCAAAAUUUCCUCAUUUUGACAGAAGUGUAUUCAAAAUGAAGACUGUUAAGUGUUUCGUUUUGCUGUGCAGUGUUUUAUUUGGGAUAAUUACUGUCAAUGCUUCUAAGACUAGCGGCAGAUUCAAGAAAAAGAACACUUUUGAGUGCCCUAUGGAAUAUGGAGUGUUUGCUAAUCCUACUGACUGUCGGAGAUUCUAUACCUGCAACGGAGAUGUAGCUUACGAUACCCCCUGUCCCACUCCUCUCUAUUUCGAUGACUCUAAGAAACUCUGCGUUUACAAGACUAAAGAUCUGCAGUGUGGUCCCGUUCCAAUGACAACUCCAGUUCCUACAACUCCUGAUCCUAAUGCGUCUCCAAGCUGCGAGCCGCAAUCCUGUCGCUUGCCAGACUGCUUCUGUAGCGAAGAUGGUACUCUUAUUCCUGGUAACUUCUUGCCGAAGGACACUCCUCAGAUGAUCAUCCUGACAUUUAGUGGAGCUUUGAACGUUCUGAACGCCGAACCUUUCAGCUUCCUAUUGAACGAGACUAGACUGAACCCAAAUGGAUGUCCCAUCAAAGCCACGUUCUUUGUUCCUCACGAGUAUACCAGUUACUUCUACGUCCAAAAGUUGUAUGGCCUUGGUCACGAGAUUGCAGCUCAGACUAUAACAAAUCGCCAACCCGAAGAAUUCUGGCCUAAAGCUACACACGAAGAAUGGGUCGAGGAGGUCAUUGGACAAAAAGAAAUACUACGUACUUUUGCAAAUGUCUCCAGAGAAGAUGUACUCGGCAUGCGUGCCCCUUUCCUGAAACCUGGUGGCAAUAACAUGUUGAGCAUGAUCUACGACUAUGGUCUGGAUUACGACUCUUCCUUGGCAGCGCCUUUGUCAGAAGUACCCUUGUGGCCUUACACUCUGGAUUACCACUUACCACACAAAUGCAUAUCCGAAAAUUGCCCUACUAGAUCUUUUCCUGGAAUCUGGGAAUUUCCCCUCAAUACUUAUUCGACAGCUGACGAAACUGGAGCUACUUGUGUCUUUCUGGAUCAAUGCGUCUUUCCUGACGAUCCCGAAGUAAUCUUCGAGUUUUUAAGUUUCAAUUUCUUACGCCACUACACUACAAACAAGGCACCUUUUGUCAUGAAUUUCCACGUCAAUUGGGUCACAGAUGACAGCAAGGUGGCAGCUCUAGAUGUCUUCUUGGAUCAUGUUAUGGAAACUUACCCCGACGUUUGGUUCGUGACCAUGCAGCAGGCUUUAGAAUGGUUGCGCAACCCUGUUCAAGCUGAGCAAGCGAAGGUCUUUGAGGCCUGGAAGUGUCCCAGGACGAGGAUGCCCAGUUGCAACAUUCCUCGCACUUGCAGAGUCAAGUUAAUGGAGGGUGCACGGGCUGACGUAAGGUAUUUACAACUCUGUGGGAAGUGCCCCGAAAGAUAUCCUUGGUUGAAUAACAUCAGGGGUACGAAGGAAGGCAAAAGUGUGAAAGAUUUGGUCCAAAAAACUACUACAUAAGCUUGUUCUGGAACUGAGUUCAUUUGUUGUUGUUAUACUUAAGUUGAAUAAUUUUUAAUAAACUUGUUUAGAGCUUUAA